AUGGCGACGGGCCUUCACUUCCGGUGUGUGGGAGGAGCCGCCAUGGCGGCGGGCCUUCACUUCCGGUGUGUGGGAGGAGGCGUCAUGGCGGCGGGUCCGGACAGCCUCCUGGGCCGGCUCCGGCGCGGGCAGCUGACGGGCUGCGGCCUGGCCCGGGCCGCGCAGCUCCCGGAGGGUUUUCUGAAGGAGAGGGAUAAGCAGGCCGGUUGGAACGGGAUCCCCUUGCUGGUCCGGAAGCUGUACCGGAACAGCCGCCCCAACGGCGACUUCGCCAAGUGCCAAGACGUCCUCAAGGAGAUCGCCCCUCUGCUGUCCGUCGAGGCCAUAGUGUUCGUCACCGAGGAGAGAAAAGCCAUACGAGAGUCCAGUUUCCCCAGUACCUACACUUUCGACCUCUUCGGAGGAGUGGAUCUCCUUGUGGAAAUCCUCAUGCAACCGACGCUCACUCCACAGAUAACCAAGCCCAAGAUCAGCGACGACCUGACCAAGGAGUGCCUGAGCAUCCUGUACAACACCUGUAUAUGUACAGAAGGAGUGUCCAAGCGCCUGGCGGAGAGGGAAGACUUUGUCCCCUUCCUGUUCUCGCUGAUGACCAACAAGAAGAUCUUCCUGCAGACGGUAACGCUGAUCGAGGACGUCCUGGGAGUUAAAAAGGAGAUUAUCCGCCUAGAGGACGUGCCCAACCUCACCACCCUGGUGUCCAGCUUCGACCAGCAGCAGCUGGCCAACUUGUGCCGCAUCCUGGCCGUCACCAUUUCCGAGCAGGACGACGGUUCCAACGACAAGCGAACUCUGCUCGCCAAGAACGCCCAGCAUAGGAAAAACCCGGGGCCCUCCCGGGCCGAGGUCAAUCAAGCUGCCCUCCUGCAGAUCCCGGGCUUCGUGGAGAAGCUGUGCCAGCUGGCCACACGGAAGGUGGCGGACGGCGCGGCCUCCUCGAGCUUUCUGCAGGAACUGGAGGAGUGGUACAUGUGGAUGGACAACGCCCUGGUGCUGGACUUGCUGCUGCCCGGGGCCGACGAUGACCCUGACCACAGCGGCUCAGAGUCUCCGGACGAGAGCGGCCCGCCCCCUGCCCGGCUGCGGGUGCCCCAGGCCAUGAAGGUCAUGCACGAAGUCAUGUACAAGCUGGAGGUGCUCUACAUCCUGGGCGUGCUCCUGAUGGGCAGCCAGCGCACUCAGGUCCACACGCUGCUCGCCAAGUUCCGGCUGGUGCCCGGGCUGAACCGCCUGUUCGAGGAGCUCAUCUGGAGGGAGCACUCGGGCCCCACCCUCGUGCUGCCCGGCCACAGCCAGAACUGUGACUGGAGCCCCGAUGUCUCUCUGAAGAUUAAGUUUUUGAGACUUCUCCAGAGUUUCAGUGAUCACCACGAGAACAAGUAUCUGUUGUUGAACGGCCCCGAGCUGGAUGAGCUCUGCGCCAUCUCCCGCAAGGCCAACAUCCCUCAGGUGGAGGCGGUUGUCAACACAGACCGGAGCCUGGUCUGCGAUGGGAGUCUCGGGCUGUUGACUCGCCUGCUGCAGGUCAUGAAGAGGGAACCUGCCGACUCUUCGUUCAGGUUUUGGCAGGCGAGGGCCGUGGAGAGUUUCCUCCGAGGAACCACUUCCUAUGCUGACCAGAUGUUCCUGCUGAACAGGGGCCUCCUGGAGCACAUCCUGAGCUGCAUCGUGGACAGCGAGUGCCGCUCACGGGACGUCCUCCAGAGCUACUUCGACCUCCUGGGCGAACUGAUGAAGUUCAACAUCGACGCCUUCAGGAAAUUCAACGAGUACGUCGACACCGACGCCAAGUUCCAGGUGUUUCUGGACCAGAUCAACAACUCCCUGGUGGACUCCAACAUGCUGGUGCGUUGCGUCACGCUGUCCCUGGACCACUUCCAGAGCCGCCCCGGCGCCCACGCGGCCCAGGUUGUGGCCAGGUGUCGCCUGCUGGCCCACGUAGCCCAGCCGCCCGUCAGAACGUCCUUCCUUUUCCGUCUGCUGAGCAUCGUCCACGUGCGGACUCUGACCCAGGAGAACGUAAGCUGCUUGAACACGGGCCUGGUGAUCCUGAUGCUGGCCCGGCGGAAGGGCGAGCUGCCCUACUACCUGCGAGCGCUGCGCCAGAUGGAGGCCGACCAGAAGUACCCGGGCUUCGUCCUCAACAACUUCCACAGCCUCCUGCGCUUCUGGCAGCAGCAUUACCUGCACAAGGACAAAGACAGCAGCUGCCUGGAGAACAGCUCCCGCAUCAGUUUUACCUACUGGAAGGAGACCGUGUCUGCCCUGCUGAGCCCGGAUCCCUCGUCGCCCCAGGCCGUCGGCGCCUACAUCGACCAGGCUUUCAGGGACGUAGACAGAGACUUCACUGAGGACUGAACGCCGGGCCCGGCCCGGCCUCCGGCCCCCAGAAUCCCGCCUCCGGAGACGUCAGCCGAGGAAGGCUGGGCCCUGCCCGAGGUGUGGGGGCCGGUCCGCGUGGGCUUAGGUGUUCUCCCUCCCUCCCCUCCCCCUGAGGGGGUGGGGAGGAGAGAGGGUGGGCUCUGCUCCCGCUGCCUCUUGGCUAGUGGUCUGCCGUCCCCAGAGGGGCAGCGGGAGAGCCCUGCCAGGCGGAGCGGCGUGCUACGGAAACCCGGGCAGGGACUUGGUCUGGGGGAGAAGGUCCGGCCUUCCUGUCCUCCUUUGGACUGGGGCCAGAGUCUACCCCUUCCCCCAGCAAACAGCCCCCGGGCAGGCCAAACCUGGGCCGGGCCAGCGGCUCCAGAUCCCCGGCGGCGGUUGUGGCCGUCUCCCUCCCCCCGCCCCCGUCGGUCCGGGCGUCCCUUGAGCCGGUUCUGGCCGCCCUCCACCCGGGCCUGCUGUGGCCCCAGGGACCAGGUGGCCCCCAGCCGUCCACGGCGGUCCAUUCGGACUCAGGAUGGGGGUCGCGGGGGGCUAGAGGGGCCCUUCAAACCGAGUCACCCCCUUCCUCCCCGCCUCCCCGCACCCGCGGCCGGCCAGUGACCGCUUCCCUCCGGGACUUGUCGGGCCAGGGUGGUUUCAGGCUGCAGGGAGUGGGAGCUAGGGGCUUUGGCGCUGCACACCCCACCCUCCGCACCCCCAUGCCUGCCUCCCCUCCCGAAGGGUCCACUUCCCCAGGUGACCAGACCCACAUGGUACAGGAGCCGCGAACUCUCUCCCCUCCACCCCAACUCCGCCUCUGCGUAUGCCAAGACGGGGCCCAGGCUUGCCACGUGUCGCCAAUCGAUCGACACGGAAUGAGAAGAAAAUGGAAACGAUUAAAGAAGUUUAUUUUAAACGA